AUGCGCCCGAACCCCUACCGACAGUCUGUUUCCCUGAGUGUGGGUUGUAUGGUGAAGGGGAAGGCAGAUCUUGUUUCUCUGUGGGUGAGGAACCCAGAAUUUGUGGUGAAUUUCUACGUGUGUCCUGAGGAAGGUGGCGACAUCGCAUUCCAUUUCUGAGUCUACACGAACACCGUGGUGGUGAUGAACAGCUUCCAGGAAGGGGGAUGGAGGGAGGAAGAGAAAGCAUCUUCUGACCCCUUUGUGCCAGGGCAGCCGUUUGAGCUUCGAUUUUUGGUGCUGGAGAAUGAAUACCAGGUGUUUGUGAAUAACAAGUCCACCUACGUCUUUGCCCACCGCCUGCCCUCACAGUCGGUAAAAAUGCUGGAGGUGAAGGGAGAUAUUGUGCUUACUUCAGUGGAACUAUGUUGA